AUGCACUUUUUCAUCUCAUCUGAAUCACCAUAUUCUAUCCAUACAAACCCUAAUCUCAUCACCAUCAUACAUUGAUUGGUACGAUCAGGUUUGCGAUGACGAUUCUAUACACACUGGUGGCGCGAGGAUCGGUUGUGUUGGCCGAGUUCAGCGCAACGUCGACGAAUGGCAGCACCAUUGCUAGGCAAAUUCUAGAUAAGAUCCCCGGGAACAAUGAUAUGAAUGUUUCAUACUCGCAAGAUCGGUAUAUAUUUCAUGUUAAGCGUACCGAUGGCCUCACUGUUUUAUGUAUGGCUGAUGAUGUUGCUGGAAGACGAAUUCCUUUUUCGUUUCUUGAAGACAUUCAUCAGAGAUUUGUUAGGACUUAUGGUCGAGCAGUUCUAUCAGCCCAGGCUUAUGGCAUGAACGAUGAGUUUUCAAGGGUUCUGAGCCAACAAAUGGAGUAUUACUCAAACGAUCCCAAUGCCGAUAGGAUGAACCGUUUAAAAGGUGAAAUGAGUCAGGUACGGAAUGUGAUGAUACAAAAUAUCGACAAAGUUCUCGAGAGGGGUGAUCGGCUAGAGUCGCUUGUGGAUAAAACUGCCACUAUGCAAAAUAAUACAUUUCGCUUCAAAAAGCAGUCUCGCAGGUUCAGGAAUACAAUGUGGUGGCAAAAUGUCAAACUCAUGGUUGGAUUCGUAUGUCUUCUACUGGUGAUUGUAUAUGUUAUUGUGGCAUAUAUUUGUGGCGGGCCUGCGCUUCCUGCUUGUUUUUAAGUUGAAGACCGGAACUAAACGAUUUUGAAUCAUGAUUCUCACAUUACUUCAAUCAUUUAUUGGUUGCUACUUUUGAUUGGAAUGAGUUGAUUUCUUAUGCUCAAGCAAUCAUAGAUUUAUUUAUUCUUUUGUUAUAAGAAUUCGAUUAUUUUUUUGUCAUAU